UCUCUCUCCCAAUGUUCUUUCACAUAGGUAGCGACUGGACUACUUACUACUUACUAGUCCAUUUCCACCCUUUAAAAUAAAGUAUCACUAUACUAAAAAUCCCCUUUCCAGUCCAUUUUUUUUAAUCAUCCCCCCUUCUCCUCCCUAAAUUCCAUAGACAUUAUCUUCUUCAAAUUUAUGCUAAGGAUUUUCUGUUGGAUAUUGAACUAUUUAUGGUGAUUGUAUCUAAUCUAGUGUCAAUUCGGCAUAAUCACCUGUCUCUCUCUCGCUCUAAGUCUGCUACUCAUAGAUCUCUCAACUGGUGGAGAGUCGGUUGGUAGCUUUGAUUUUUUAUUGAAUAACAGUUGCUGGCUUCUAUACUGGAUUCUGGUUGGCAUGGAUUCUGAUGACGAAAAUGGCACCGAGCUUCUACAACGAUAUCGGCGUGAUAGGCGUGUACUUCUCAGUUUCAUACUUUCGGGUAGUUUGAUUAAGAGAGUUGUAAUGCCCCCGGGGGCUGUUUCAUUAGAUGACAUCGACUUAGAUCAAGUCAGUAUUGAUUAUGUUCUUGAAUGUGCCAAAAAAGGUGGAAUGCUUGAACUCUCAGAAGCAAUUAGAGAUUACCAUGAUAGAACCAGUUUUCCAGUUACUAGUAGUUCAGCAGAUGAAUUCUUUCUAGUCACAGCUCCGGAGUGCUCAGGAUCACCUCCAAGAAGGGCACCGCCACCAAUUUUGAUCGACAUGCCAUCGCCCAUAAUGCCUAAUCUAUCUAAGUCACAGUCACUUCACUCGACACGACAAGAGCUAUCUGUGGAUGACAUUGAUGAUUUUACGGAUGACGAUAAUGAGGAGGAAGUAAACAGUCUCAGGAUUUCAAGACGAACCCCUAAUGAUGCUACUGAUCUUCAUUUAGGACUGCCUUCUUUUGCAUCUGGAAUCACAGAUGAUGACCUCCGUGAAUCAGCAUUUGAAAUCCUCCUUGCUUGCGCUGGAGCUUCAGGCGGUCUCAUUGUACCGUCAAAAGAGAAAAAGAAAGAUAAGAAAUCCAAAUUGCUUAAGAAGCUUGGUCGUAGUAAGAGUGACCAUGUUGCACCCCCUCAACGUGCGACUGGAUUAGUUGGUUUAUUGGAGACCAUGCGUGUUCAACUAGAGAUAUCAGAGGCAAUGGAUAUAAGAACCAGGCAAGGCCUUCUUCAUGCCCUGGAUGGUAAAAUUGGGAAGAGAAUGGACACUCUAUUGGUUCCGCUGGAAUUGCUCUGCUGUAUAUCACGAACAGAGUUUGCCGAUAAGAGAACGUAUCUACGAUGGUUAAAGAGGCAGUUGAACAUAUUAGAAGAAGGGCUUAUAAAUCAUCCUGCUGUUGGCUUUGGGGAGUCUGGUCGUAAAGCGAGUGAGUUGAGAAUUCUAUUGAGGAAGAUUGAGGAAUCUGAGUCUCUUCCACCUACUGCUGGUGAACUCCAACGAACAGAAUGUUUAAGAUCUCUUAGGGAAAUUGCUAUACCACUUGUCGAAAGGCCAGCCCGGGGCGACCUAACUGGUGAAGUAUGCCAUUGGGCAGAUGGCUAUCACCUCAACAUUCGUCUCUAUGAGAAGUUGCUCUGUAGUGUUUUUGAUAUGUUGGAUGAAGGAAAGCUUACAGAGGAAGUUGAAGAAAUUCUUGAGCUUCUGAAAUCAACAUGGCGCGUUUUAGGGAUCACAGAGACCAUCCAUUAUACUUGCUAUGCAUGGGUAUUAUUCCGCCAGUUUGUUGUUACAGGUGAAUCAGAAAUCUUGAAAUAUGCCAUUGGACAAUUGAAGAAAAUACCAUUGAAGGAACAGCGAGGUCCGCAAGAAAGAUUACACUUGAAAAGUCUUCGUUCCAAAGUUGAAAUCGACGACGGGUUUCAGGAAUUGACUUUUCUACAGUCCUUGCUUUCACCCAUUCAGGGAUGGGCGGAUAAACAGCUUGGAGACUACCACCUGCAGUUCGCUGAGGGGGCAUCAGCAUUGCAGGAUAUACUUACUGUUGCAAUGAGUGCGCGAAGACUUCUAGUGGAAGAACCAGAUCAGAUGACACAAUCCACGGAAAAGGACCAGGUUGAAUCAUAUAUAUCGUCAUCCUUAAAAAGUGAAUUUUCAAGGAUUAUACUUGAUGUUGAAAGCAAAGCUGCUGGGACACAUGAACAUCCAUUAGCAUCACUUGCGAUGGAGACCCAAAAACUUCUGAGGAAGGAUUCUAGCUUGUUCAUGCCAAUUUUAUCUCAGUGGUAUCCCCGAGCAACUGCUUUUGCAGCAUCUCUUCUUCACAAGGUUUAUGGAAACAAGCUGAAACCUUUUCUUGAUGGCGUUGAGCACCUUACAGAGGAUGCUGUGUCUGUAUUUCCGGCAGCUGAAAGUCUUGAGCAGUAUGUAAUUACACUUGUUAUUUCUUCCUGUGGAGAGGAAACUGCCGACGCAUACUUGAGGGGGAAAGUAACUUUAUAUCAGCUUGAAACUAUGUCUGGGACACUAGUGUUACGUUGGGUGAAUUCACAACUUGGAAGAAUAUUAUCAUGGGUUGAGCGUGCUAUUCAACAAGAGGCAUGGAAUCCGAUAUCGGCGCAACAACGACAUGGGAGUUCAAUUGUUGAAGUUUACCGGAUUGUGGAAGAGACAGUUGAUCAAUUUUUUGCUCUCAAAGUUCCAAUGAGAUCUGGGGAACUGAGUAGCCUAUUGAAUGGAAUUGAUAAUGCCUUUCAAGUUUAUACAAAUCAUGUUGUCGACAAGCUAGUUAGCAAAGAAGAUCUCAUACCACCUGUGCCUAUUCUCACACGAUACAAAAAAGAAAGUGGAAUUAAGGCAUUUGUGAAAAAAGAAAGUGUUGACCCAAGGCUGCCUGAUGAGAGACGGAGCAGUCAAAUCAACGACCUAACAACACCAAAACUCUGUGUUCGACUGAAUACUCUUUUUUACGCAAUUAGUCAAUUGAACAACUUGGAAGAUAGCAUUCAACAACGGCGGACAAAGAAAAAGCCUCGCGAAAAUUUGAAUAUCAAAAGAUCAAUGGAUGGUAAGUCGAGAAGUUUUGCACAAAAAGACUCAUUUGAUGGCAGUAGAAAAGAUAUAAAUGCAGCUAUUGAUAGAGUUAGUGAGUUUACAGGAACUAAGAUUGUGUUUUGGGAUUUAAGAGAGCCAUUCAUAAACAACUUAUACAGACCCAAUGUCUCGCAAUCUAGACUGGAGUUGCUAAUUGAUCCACUUGAUUUGGUACUGAAUCAGUUAUGUGAUGUCAUUGUGGAGCCCCUUAGGGAUCGCAUCGUCACAGCUCUUCUUCAAGCAUCAAUGGAGGGUCUGCUUCGUGUGAUAUUAGAUGGAGGCUCAUCCCGUCUCUUCUUCCCAAGUGAUGCUAACUUCCUAGAGGAAGAUCUAGAUAUCUUAAAGGAAUUUUAUAUUUCUGGAGGAGAUGGGCUUCCUAGAGGAGUGGUUGAGAACCACAUUUCGCGUGUUCGUCAUGUAAUUAAGUUGCUUGGAUAUGAGACUCGGGUACUGAUUGAUGACUUGAGAUCCGCGAGUGGAUUAGAAAUGCAAGGAGGUAGAAGUAAAUUGGGUGCCGAUACACAAACCCUUUUAAGAAUUCUUUGCCACAGAAGUGAUUCAGAAGCCUCUCAAUUUCUCAAGAAGCAAUAUAAAAUACCUAGGUCUACUGCAUAGCCUUAGAAGUUGGAAUACCCUCAGGGCCUAGGGGAUUGGGUUGUUAAUGUAAUUGUAAUUUUUCAAAUAGUCCUGGUACGAAAUAAUCACACCAUAUUUUUGUGUUGAGAAGAUGUGUUUCCCUCAUAUUUUUCUUAUUUUUUCUUACAUACGUUCUGUAUAGAGCAAAAUGUAGUUUAAUAAUAAAGGUAUUACUACUGUAGAGAAAACGAAAAUCAGCUUUUAACUUGUUUCAUAUUUGAGCUA